UUUCGCAGCGCGCAAACACUUUCUUCGCAUCGCGCCUCGCAUGACACAUUUCCAAAUAAGAGGAAAAAGUUCAUGAGUAAACAUGCUAAGCCUGUUAUCGUGUGCCAAUUGGUAAACAAAAAACAUUGAGAGCGCCGAAACAAUCAAGCAAAGUAAACUAAUUGAAUAUAAAAUAAAUCACCAACGGAUUUUGGCACAGAAUGAGCCAAACUUUUAAAACUUUAAUGCACGGCAUCGACGGAGACAGAGAUGGAGUUUCGCAGCAGUCGUCGGAGGAUGUACCGGACUCCACAGCGACAACCACGGCGACUUCGACAGCCGGCGACGUUGGAGGCGGACCAAGGGAUGGCGGCGAGGAUGACUUCACCGAUGACAACAAUUUCGAAUCAAAUUUGCGACGUCGCAAAGGCAAAAUAAUUUCCUGUGCCAAGGAGACCAUCGAGAAUGCUUCCCGCCAAUUACGCCGCAAAGUGCCCUACGCAGGUCAUUUGAUGACUCCUCGUCGCCUUUGGCUCAAUAAAAUUCCCACACAAUGUGAUGUGGUCAUUGAAUUUCCUGAGGAUGCACCAGACGAAGCGCUCCGCUGGCUCCUGGCCCGCAUCCGCUCGCAGCCGCCGGCUGGUCUGGGUCUUUUGGUCCAGGUCAAGGCGCACGAGAGUACGCGGCGCAACGCCUUCUAUGUCAGUGCUCCCGUUAAUGUACUGUUCAAAGCCGCCGAAGAAGCCCGCCUGCCAAAACGCCUGCGUCCGGAUCUGGGCGGUGCUUUGAGGGAGUUCACCACCCGCGAGAGCCAUUGUUUCCAACAGUUGCGCGGCGACGUGGGAAGCACGGCACUAUUCACCUCCCAGGAGCGCCAGUGGCUGGUCCUCCAGGUGCUGCAGGGCCUGCGUGCCGGCUGCAGUGACAUCGAUGCCCUUCAUGGACGAGCGGCUGUCGCCGAGGGGCAGAGCAUCGUGGCCACCUGGCAGGAGUCCGGCCUGAUCACCCAGGUCUUUCCGCUGCACGAGCCCAGUUCGCUGACGCAGCUCCAGACGCACUGGGUCAAGCAGAUAUUUGCACCACAACCCCUGGAUGACAUUGCGGCCUAUUUCGGCGUUAAGGUUGCCUUGUACUUUGCCUGGCUGGGUCAUUACACCUGCGCCUUGGGCGUUCCCGCUGUGUUUGGUACCAUACUCUACUGCAUUCUGUGGGGCAAGGGUCAAACGGCCCAGGACAUGGGCCACGUGCUCUUCUCCCUGUUUAAUGUCGCCUGGGCUUCACUGUAUCUGGAGGCCUGGAAGCGCUAUUCCGUGGAGUUGGCCUUCCGAUGGGGCACUCUAUCAACGCCGCCAGAACUUUUGGAACCACCUAGGCCCCUGUAUAAGGGUCCUUUGGAGGAGAACAACGUGACGGGUCGUCUGGAGCCCAAGGAGGCGCCUGCAUGGCAGCGUCGCGCGUUUCGCUAUCUGGUCAGCUUUCCCAUAAUCGGAUGUUGUCUGUGUGUGGUCUUUGCUGUGAUGUUCCUCAUGCUGCGUUUUCAGGACUGGUGGGACUCCAAGUUGCCCGAGGAAAGUGUAUUGUGUUGUCUGAGUGUUAUACCGAAAGUCCUGCUGGCGGGAGCCAUUACCUUGAUGGACGAGGCGUAUUUUAAGUUGGCCGUUUGGUUGAACGACCGCGAAAACUACCGCCUGCAGUCGAAAUAUGAGAACCACUUGAUAGCCAAAGUGGCUCUUUUCCAGUUUGUUAACUCCUUCCUUUCGCUCUUUUAUAUCGCAUUCUAUUUGAGGGAUGAGGAGAAACUUAAAGAGCAACUGGCUGGUCUACUCAUCUCGCGCCAAAUCAUUGGAAAUCUCAGGGAGUCUGCGAUUCCCUACUUCCUUGAACAAUGGAAACUGGCCAAGUUGAGCUUCAACAUGUGGGGUGCUCUUAGCCCUACCCAAAAUGUGACCCGCAGUCUAGCCGAGGAGCUGGCCACUGCGGAAGCGGAACUGAAGGCAGAGUCCACAGGGACGACAGGAACGCCCACCAAAUCCCACCAGCCGGAAUCGGCGAGUAAAAGGAAUAUUGGACAGGCUGAAAUAGAGAGCUCGUUGUACAAGUACGAUGGCACUUUUUCUGACCACUUGGAGAUGCUCGUUCAAAUGGGCUAUGUGGUCCUCUUUUCGGCCGCCUUUCCCCUAGCCGGAGUUUGUGCUCUGAUCAAUAACCUGAUGGAGAUUCGUUCGGAUGCCUUCAAGCUGGCCCAUGUUCAUCAGCGGCCCUUUGGGCAACGAGUGGCCAACAUUGGAACCUGGCAAAAUGCCCUCAGCAUCCUGUCGCUCGCCGCCGUCAUAGUGAACUGCGCCCUGAUUGGCCUCUCUGGACAGGUGUCGAGGCUAUGGCCAGGAUUGACCACCGCACAGACAAUUAUUCUAAUUGUUACCCUGGAGCACAUAAUGCUGGGUCUGCGGCAAGCACUCACCUGGCUCCUGCCGGAGUUGCCCUCGUGGUUGGCAGCGGAAAUCGCACGCGCCGAGCACUGCCGCCGGGAAAUGCAGUGCAAGGGCACCUCGCCGCGGCCCACGCCACCUACUCCGCAGUCGACCACGUCCACGCAGCCGGAACAGGAGGGCCCGGGCGGAUCGCAGAUGGAGAGCGGAACGAGCACCACACGAGACCAGUCCAUCGAGAGCCAGGUGGCCGAGGAUAUACUUCUCUACGGACAGGAGUUCGCGGGCUUCGGGCGUAGCAUCGAGGCGGAUGUCAAUAUUUAUGAGAAUCGUGAUUCAUCGCCCGAUUCGCCGCCCUCGCAGACCAGCACCAUACUGAUUAGACCGCUGCAUGAGUCAACGCCACCGCAUGGUGGCGCCUCCCUAGCCAGUCUGCACCAGGACGGUAAUGGCGGUGCUUAUCAGAGUUGUGUUAAAAAGUCGAAAAUGUUUAUACCGGAAAUUCCACCAUACCUGGGAUAUUCAGUGCGAAAUUUAACAACUUUCGCUGGUGGCAAGCCAAAAAUGCAACAACGCCUGAAGCUGCAGAGCGGAGCUUCCGCCAGCACGCUAGCGCUGAACGCGGCGGCAUAUGCAGCUCGCAUGCAAUCAAUGCAUAUCCAAGAAAUACCGCCGUUCCGAAAGAAAUCAACCGACUCAGCCGAUCACACCGGCAGCAGCGCCAGCAGCAGUCCCCAGCGAACCACGAUGCGGCAACUAUCGGCGCAACGGGAGCCGCAGCAGACGAUCCCUGAGAUACCGCCGUUCAAGACGCGCAAGAUAUCCGCGGAGAGUGCCAUGCAUCUGAAUAUGAGCGACAAGCUACACAUAAAACUUCAUGCACCAGAAUGGAUGUCACGUUUGAAAGUCAACGACAAUGCUAAUCUGCAUAGAAGCAUAGAUUGUAUUUCAAAGGAACUCGGAAACACCGCAGAUACAGCAGACAUCUUAAAGCCAGCCCCAUCCUGGUGCAAUGUGGCCAUGCGGUCGGGAGCACCUGGCAGCAAUUUGGCCACGCCACCAGCUUCUCAGCACCAGCAGCAAAUAGUGGCUUCCUCAUCCUCGUCCUCCGGCGGCGGUGGCAGCGUCUUUAGCCCCAGUGGCCCUGGACCAGCUGGAGCUUCCGGUGGCGGCAUCAGCAAUUCCCAGUCAAGACCUAGUGUCGGCGCACUAUCGAACUCUUCAUCUGGCUCAUCCCAUAAACAGCAAUUGAAGCAGCAGGCCAAGGAGGAAAAGGAGCGGGUCAAGGAGGAAAAGGAGCGGGCUAAGGAGGAAAAGGAGCGGGUUAAGGAGAAGGAGAAGGAAAAGGAGAAGGAGCGACUGAAGGAAAAGGAAAUCGAAAAGGCAAAGGAGAAGGAGAAGGAAAAGGAAAAAGAGAAAGAGAAAGAAAAGGAUGCUCAGGGAGCAGCAGCAUCCACAUCUACGGUUCCCACUGAAGACGAGGCUAAGGCUGCCGAACUGGCCGCCAAGAAGUCUCGUCUUAAGCAGAAGCUGGUGAAGAGUGCGAGGUCAGUGGCAAUCUUCUCGCUGAAGCUCAAGGAGCGAAGACAACGGGAGGCGGAGAAGGCAGCCACCAUAGCAGUGGAGCAUGCCAAGGCUCUGGCAAAGCUGCCGAUGCCGCAGCCAGUGGGCGGCGAAUUGUCUCUUAUACCCAUCGAACAACUCAUACAAAUUGAGGAUAUCAUACCUGCGAUGAAAGCUGCAAGCUCCUCGGCUGCACCCACAUCGUCCAGUCAAGCCGGCCCCUCGACGUAUCAUCAACAGCAGCAGCUGCAACAUUACCACCCACCUUCGCAUCCACAUCCUCAUCCACAUCCGCACACGGAUAAUUAGGCUUAUAAAUAUCAAGAUUGAUGGCCACCCCUUCGCACACUUUGUAAAUAGUUUUCUAUGCACCCGCCCCCAUCAAGCCGAGAUUUUAUCAAAGUUACUGAUGGUAUAUGAGCAAAUUUGCUGAAUGUGUGUCUUGUCCAGAGUUGGAAGAAACUAAUUAACUAUACAUAGUGGUUACCAUAUAGAGAACUAAGUUACUCAAACAAUAGGUCGACAAGAUUGGAACUUUAUUUGGUUCAGCGCUAAACGAUACAGAACUUAAAACAAAUUUACCUGCAGAUUAAUAACGAUAGUAAUCUACAGGCCAAUUCCAUUAAGAUUUUCUAACGUUUAGUCUUCGUCUGCUGCUUGGUUUCCCAGUGUAACCCAAGCAAAUUAUUCCAAAGCCAUUUCAUAUACAAGUUUAUCAAGUUUUGUAUGAAAACAAACUGAAUAAUGUUUUUGGCUAUUUAGCUUUUCGGGUACAGUGCAAUAGAAAUGCAUCAAUAGAAUUUGUAGUAAGCAAAGAAAUAAUAAUUUUUAAGAGUUGUGAAACGAAUUUUGUGUUAGCGUUUUAGCUGUUAAUGUGUUUUCGUAGUCAUUGUUGCUUAGCGUUUAGUCGUUUAGUCACUUUGCACUAUGGGGCGAACGACCACUUUUUGUGGAAUUAAUUAAUAACUCGAGA